AUGAGCUCUCAGUUCAGGAGAGAUAGGUCCCGCUUCAACCCUCAGCAAACAUGGGUUCCUAGAGGCUCAUCUACCACCAUAGCAGUUGUAAAUGAGCCUUCCCUUCCUCCUACUAAUAAUACACAGGGAAGAAGUUCAGAAAGCCUUGACGCUGGUGCUACUACUUCACAUCAUGUUCAUCUGCAAAGGCAUCAUAACGGUUCUGGAAAUGUCGUUGGUCCUCCUCCACCUAAUCGACAAAGAAGGAAUAAUAAUCCUCAGCGAACUUUGCCUGAUAAUCGCCAAGGAGUUGCAUCUAGGAAUCAGGGGAAAAGGGUAGUUAAGGAGGAGAAUAUUCUGUUGUCAGACCCAAACUUGCCUCAACUUGUUCAAGAGAUACAAGAGAAGCUGGUUAAGAGUUCUAUUGAGUGUAUGAUUUGUUAUGAUAAGGUUGGGAGGUCUGCGUAUAUAUGGUCUUGUUCCAGCUGUUACUCCAUUUUCCAUAUGCAUUGUAUCAAGAGAUGGGCUCGAGCACCAACUUCCAUUGAUUUAUUGGCUGAGAAAAACCAAGGCGAUAAUUGGAGAUGUCCAGGUUGCCAAUAUGUACAGUUAACGUCAUCAAGAGAGAUUUGUUAUCGGUGCUUUUGUGGGAAGAGAAAAGAUCCACCGUCUGAUCCGUAUCUGACUCCACACUCAUGCGGGGAGCCGUGUGGGAAGCCUCUGGAGAAGGAGUUUUCUGCUGAGACGGCUAAAGAGGAUCUAUGUCCUCAUGUCUGUGUCUUGCAGUGUCAUCCUGGUCCAUGUCCUCCUUGUAAGGCCUUUGCUCCACCUCGUAGUUGUCCUUGUGGUAAAAAGAUGAUUCAUACUAGAUGCUCUGAGAGGAGAUCGGUUCUUGUUUGUGGGAAGCAUUGCGAGAAGCUUCUCAACUGUGGGCGUCAUCAGUGUGAAAAGACAUGUCACGUUGGCCCUUGUGAUCCUUGUCAGGUACUGGUAAAUGCCACAUGUUUCUGCAAGAAAAAAGUGGAGACUGUCGUUUGUGGAGAUAUGAAUGUGACGGGAGAGUUGAAAGCAGAAGACGGUGUAUAUUCGUGCAGUCUUAAGUGUGGGAAGCGGCUUGGAUGUGGUAGCCAUUUCUGUUCUGAGGUUUGCCACACUGGACCUUGCGGAGACUGUGACUUACUACCAAGUAGAGUGAAGAGGUGCUAUUGUGGGAAAACACUGUUAGAAGAACAGAUGAGAGGGAGUUGCUUGGAUCCAGUUCCUUCUUGUUCAAACAUGUGCCGGAAGCUUCUUCCUUGUGGGUUACAUACUUGCAACGAGGUGUGCCAUGCAGGUGCUUGCUCUCCUUGUUUGGUCCAAGUCAACCAGAAAUGCCGGUGUGGGUCAACAUCUAGGACUGUGGAAUGCUACAUAACAACAUCUUCAGAGACUGAGAAGUUUGUGUGCGCUAAACCAUGUGGGCGUAAGAAAAACUGUGGGAGGCAUAGAUGUAGCGAGCGUUGCUGCCCGAACGCUAAGACUGGCGAUUGGGACACACACCUCUGCCAAUUACCUUGUGGGAAGAAUCUUAGGUGCGGGCAGCAUUCUUGUGAAUCGUUAUGUCACAGUGGCCAUUGCCCUCCUUGCUUAGAGGUGAUAUUCACUGAUCUUACAUGUGCUUGUGGAAGAACUUCGAUUCCUCCACCACUACCAUGUGGGACACCUGUUCCUAGCUGCCAGCUUCCAUGCUCGAUUCCUCAGCCGUGUGGCCAUUCUGCUACUACUCAUGGAUGCCAUUUUGGAGAUUGCCCUCCUUGUUCUACUCCAGUGGAAAAGAAAUGCGUUGGUGGUCAUGUGGUUCUGAGAAACAUACCUUGUGGGUUGAAAGACAUUAGAUGUAACAAGAUUUGUGGAAAGACGAGGCGCUGUGGUAUGCAUGCUUGUGCGAGAACUUGUCACCUGGAGCCUUGUGACACUUUCAAUGAAUCUGAAGCAGGUCUGCGUGUUACAUGUGGUCAGGCGUGUGGGGCUCCUAGAAGAGAUUGUAGGCACACUUGUGCAGCACUCUGUCAUCCUUCUCAGCCAUGCCCUGACUCAAGAUGUGAAUUUCCAGUCACUAUUACAUGUUCCUGUGGUCGCAUAACAGCUACAGUUCCCUGUGAUGCUGAAGGAGGAAGCGGCAGCAAUUCUCUUUAUGAAGCCUCUGUUUUGCAGAAGCUUCCAACGACGCUACAGUCACUUGAGUCAGGUGGAAACCGAAUCCCUCUCGGUCAGAGAAAGCUUUCAUGUGAUGAUGAGUGUGCUAAGCUGGAGCGUAAGCGGCUUCUUCAGGAUGCGUUUGAUAUCCCUCCCCCAAAUCUAAACUAUGUACAUUUCAGCGAGAACUCUGCUAUGACAGAGAUUAUUUCAGACAUCUAUAGACGUGAUCCGAAGUGGGUACUAGCUGUUGAAGAGCGGUUCAAGUUCCUUGUACUUGGGAAAGCCAGAGGAAGCACAAGUUCCCUCAAGGUCCAUGUCUUCUGCCCUAUGCAAAAGGAUAAACGAGACACGGUUCGGCUUCUAGCUGAGAGGUGGAGACUUGCAGUUAAGAACGCAGGGUGGGAGCCAAAACGGUUUACAGUGGUUCACGUGACACAAAAGUCAAAACCGCCAACACGUAUCAUUGGGGCUGUCUCACUAGGCGGGCCCCACCCACCGUCCUUUGAUCCCCUUGUGGAUAUGGAUCCUAGGCUUGUGGUUUCUUUACUUGAUCUCCCGAGGGAGGCAAAUAUUAACGCUGUAGUACUGAGAUUUGGAGGUGAAUGUGUGCUUGUUUGGCUGAAUGACAAGAACGCUUUGGUCGUGUUCCACGACCAUGCUCGAGCAGCCACUGCCAUGAGGAGACUGGACCACGGUUCUGUAUACCAUGGAGCUGUAAUUGUCCAGAACGGCGCACAAUCUCCAUCACUCGUUAAUGCAUGGGGGAAAUUACCCGGAAGCUCAUCCUCUGAUGUGCAAAAAGCAAAUCCAUGGAAGAAAGCAGUGAUUCAGGAGAGUGAUGAAACCUGGGGAGCUGAAGAUUCCUUCAUUAGAGGAUCAUCUACUGAUAUUCAACCCUCUACGUGGAGACCAGCAACGAGCAACACACCGACAGUUAACCGUUGGAGUGUAUUGGAGCCCUAG